AUGGCUGAUUGGACAGAUGUUGCUGAUCUCUUGGGUGAAUUAAGUGAUAGCGAUGAUAACGAUGAGGAAAAAAAGCCUGAGACUGCUGAAGAGAGUUGCACCGAAAAAUCAUCAAGUAAUGAGGCAUCGGCAUCAGAAGUGAAAGUGCAAUCAUCGAAUUUGAAACGAAAACCUGACAAAGAUAUUGGUACAGAUGGUGUACCGGUCAAAACUAACAGGACAGAGCUAUCCGUUCAUGCCAUCGAAUUACUGGACGAUCCGCUCUUUGGUUUACUGGAUCCUGCAGACUUCUCUGCGGUAGAUGCUGUUUCGAGGAAAUCAUCCUUAGCAUCUUCUUCUGCUGCAAACUCAAAGAAUAAAUUGAAUGUUCACUUUGCAGAAAAUGUCAAGGAUAAUGAAAAACCACGCAUCAGGGAAGCAGCAGAAGCAGGACCCAGCAGACGGGAUUUUCCGGAAAUCCAAAAUUCCGACGACGAACAAAGUGAAACUGCUUUGCAACCGAAAAAAUUAAGCAGGCAGGAUGAAAUCUUGCGCCAAAAAAUGCAGAUAUUGGUAGCUAAUUUUUCGGCUGAACAGCUGGCCCGUUACGAAUGCUUCCGACGUUCAUCUUUCCCAAAAAGUGCAGUUCGAAAACUCAUUCAACAGGCGACGGGUGUUACGCCUGGACAUAAUGUCAUAAUAGCCGUCGCGGGACUUGCCAAAGUAUUUGCUGGAGAACUUGUCGAAGAAGCACUAGACAUUCGCGAACGAAUGGGCGAGGAGAGUGAGCCGUUGAAGCCACAUCACAUUCAGCUAGCGUAUGAUCAAUUGAGAGAAAAGGGCAAACUUUUCCCUCCGUAUGGAUCUCGCCCAAAUCCUUUCCUGUGA